GUUCGUUCGUCCGUCCGCGCGGCAGUGGCCGCGGAGCGAAGGCGAGAGCGGGCGGUGGCCAGGCCAGCCGUCAAGGGGAAUGCCAUGGCCAGUUCCUCGGACAGUGAGGAUGACAGUUUCAUGGCCGUGGACCAAGAAGAAGCUGGGGUGGAGGGGACAAUGGAGCAAGAUGAGGAAACCCGCCCCGAACUGGAGAUUGAGGAGACAAGACAUAACAGGUCUAUGUCUGAGCUGCCCGAAGAGGUUCUGGAAUAUAUUCUGUCUUUUCUCUCACCAUAUCAGGAGCACAAAACCUCAGCCCUUGUCUGCAAACAAUGGUACCGACUUAUUAAAGGUGUGGCCCACCAGUGUUAUCAUGGCUUUAUUAAGGCCGUCCAGGAAGGAAACAUUCAGUGGGAGAGUCGAACUUAUCCCUACCCUGGAACCCCAAUCACUCAGCGGUUCUCACAUAGUGCGUGUUACUAUGAUGCUAAUCAGUCCAUGUAUGUCUUUGGAGGCUGCACCCAAAGCAGCUGCAAUGCUGCCUUCAAUGACCUCUGGAGACUUGAUCUCAAUAGUAAAGAGUGGAUCCGACCCCUGGCUUCAGGUUCUUAUCCCUCCCCUAAAGCUGGAGCUACUCUAGUGGUGUACAAGGACUUGCUUGUGUUGUUUGGGGGCUGGACACGGCCGAGCCCUUAUCCUCUGCACCAACCUGAGAGGUUCUUUGAUGAAAUACACACUUACUCACCCUCUAAAAAUUGGUGGAAUUGCAUAGUAACAACGCAUGGACCACCACCUAUGGCAGGCCACUCCUCCUGUGUGAUAGAGGACAAAAUGAUUGUCUUUGGUGGUUCCUUAGGAUCCCGGCAAAUGAGCAAUGAUGUUUGGGUCCUCGACCUCGAACAGUGGGCCUGGUCCAAGCCUAAUGUCUCUGGCCCCAGCCCUCACCCUCGAGGUGGCCAGUCUCAGAUUGUCAUAGAUGAUGAAACUAUCCUGAUCCUUGGAGGAUGUGGUGGCCCAAAUGCACUGUUUAAAGAUGCUUGGUUACUGCACAUGCACUCCAGCCCGUGGACCUGGCAGCCCCUCAGGGUAGAGAAUGAAGAUCAUGGAGCCCCAGAGCUGUGGUGCCACCCAGCCUGCCGGGUGGGCCAGUGUGUGGUGGUUUUCAGCCAGGCUCCCAGUGGAAGAGCGCCCCUCAGCCCAAGUCUGAACUCCCGCCCGUCUCCCAUCAGCGCCACUCCUCCAGCUCUGGUACCUGAAACCCGAGAGUACCGCUCCCAGUCUCCAGUAAGAAGUAUGGAUGAAGCGCCUUGCGUCAAUGGUCGCUGGGGAACCUUACGCCCCAGGGCACCGAGGCAGACCCCAUCAGGAUCCCGAGAAGGGAGCCUUUCCCCCGCCAGGGGUGAUGGCUCUCCUGUCCUCAAUGGUGGAAGCUUAUCCCCAGGAGGAGCAGCAGCUGGUGGGGCCUCCCUGGACAGCCCUGUUCAGGCAGUCUCUCCAAGUACCCCAUCAUCAGCUGAAGGCUAUGACCUAAAAAUAGGGCUUUCUCUGGCUCCCCGGCGAGGGUCCUUGCCAGAUCAGAAAGACCUGAGAUUGGGAUCGAUGGAUUUGAAUUGGGAUCUCAAACCUGCUUCCAGCAGUGGUCAGGUGGACGGCAUGGACGCCAGGACAGUCGGGGGGAGUGUGAGGAAUCCUCCAGAGCAGACAAAUGGAGUCCACACACCUCCCCACAUGGCCAGUGCUCUCACGGGAGCUGUGUCCCCAGGCGCUCUCCGGCGGAGCCUGGAAGCUGUCAAAGCCCUUUCCUCUAAGGGGCCACCUGCCCCUGCAGCACUGAGUCCCCCACUGGUGUCUUCCCCUGGAUCCCCAGGGAGCCAGAGCGUGAGCAGCGUCGAGACGGUGCCCAUCCCGCGCCCCGGGCCUGCCCAGGGUGACGGGCACUCCUUACCUGCCAUCGCCCGGCGCUUGGGCCACCAUCCACCACAGUCUCUGAACGUUGGCAAGCCUUUGUACCAGAGCAUGAACUGCAAGCCCAUGCAGAUGUACGUGUUAGACAUUAAAGACACUAAGGAGAAAGGGCGGGUCAAGUGGAAAAUAUUUAACAACAGUUCUGUGGUUGGCCCGCCUGAGACCAGUCUGCACACAGUGGUGCAAGGCAGAGGGGAACUCAUCAUUUUUGGUGGCCUCAUGGACAAGAAACAGAAUGUGAAGUACUAUCCCAAAACAAAUGCCUUGUACUUUGUGCGAGCAAAAAGAUAAUAUGGCAAAAACUUGCUUCCAACCUUUUUCCUUUCUGUGGCUUUUAAUUUUGAAUUUUACACUGUCAUGCAGGCAUUCAAACUGUGAAUUGGGCAAACAAAGAAUUAAGUAGCCCCACAAACCAAAACCCCAAUUCCCAAUCUAAUGCUCGCUCUGGGCUAGGGUCAGAUCCCCAUUUAAAAACAAAUUAUAUCAAAUGUCUAUAUCUAUAUCUAUAUCUAUAUUCUAUAGCCAACUCUGUUUACAAAAGGGGAGAAAUCUCCGUGCUCGUUCAGAUAAAAUUGUUGCUGUGUUUUAGCAGAGGCUCUGCUGCCUUUUUCUGUUCUGCUGGUAAUUAGACCAAGAAUUUAGGGAACAGAUCACCUAAUCUCAGUUCCCUUCCAAGAGAACUGAGGAGUAUCAGGUAAGACGAGGUGCAGGAGGGGGUGCCCAUGAACUCUUGUCACCUGAGAGCUCAGUGCGCUUAGGGCCAGACCCAGGGUCUGCAUAGAAGCUAGUAGAGGAGGAAUGGUGGUGAGAAAGGAAGGUGACAGUGAUGAGGGGAAGCUGUUCCACGUCUGUGCCAGGAUCGUCAUGAAAUAGUGUGUUUGUGCCCUGGCCACAGGUUGGAAGGAGUAGGGCUAAAGCAUUUGUUUCUGAUUAUGAAAUCUCUGACUAUCACAUUUGGUUGUGAGCUGCCAAAACCCACGUCCCCUUCACUUGCUCUCCCUUAAAUGUCCUCUUGUGGAAUCUGCUUUUCCUUCUUGUAGGAUUUCUAUGCAAAUGUGGAUAUGUGGGGUUGUUUAAAGCCCUACACUUCAACACUUUGCCGAUGAAAGUACAAUUGAGGCUUGGAAGCCUAAGACGAUCACAUACUUCUCAGAAAUAUUUAGGGGGCUUGACUUUUUCCCAGCAUCCUUGGCAAGCCAGUGGAGAAUUCCAAGAUGCUUUGAAUCAUCCGAGGCUUUACACAUAAGAUAUUUUUAGCACCUUAAAAUUGCUUUCUCUUCUACACUUUUUUUUUCUGCCAGUGAGCAUCAGAUGUAUGCAGCCACAUUUGUGAAGGAUGUGAGAAGUUGGAGGGCAGAUAUUUCUCAUCCUUAGAAAGGGUUGGUCUUAUUAGAUGGAUAGGAAAGGGUCCUUUUCCCAGAAAUCAUUUUGGUCCUUUCUGCAUCUGUGUUCCCUGGUUUGCCAUCUUGAUGUCAAGAGAUUCAGUUCAAGUUGUGGAGUCUGGUGAAGCUGACUCUGACCUGACGAGGAAGCUCUACCCGCCACAGGCCUCCGGACAGCACCAGAGUCCGUCACGUGCAGCUUGGGUAUUUGUCUCCUUCUCUUCUGAGAUAAAUUGUUCCGAACAGAUGAGGUGCUCUGGCAGUCUCCAAAACCAUGGCCUGGACGCAGGAAAUACUGGCAACAACCUAACUCUGAUGGCAUUAGCAGGUAUCAGGCUGAUCACUUAAUUGUGAUUAUUGGUGAUUUUUAACAUUCACAUAUGAUUUUUUUUUUAAAUGAAAAGUUGCCUCUCCUCCCCUCAGUCUUGUUGGAGUUUCCCAAAUGCAAGUGAUAGAAGAGAUUUGAUUUCUGCUAGUUCUGGGGACUUGCUUUUUAGCCAACCCUUGGAAUUUAUUUGAUGAAAAAGGGUUCUUUCUUUUCUCGUGGUGCAGUGUGCUCUCCCGAUGUGUAAUGUCUGGUGCUGGUUGAAAAGCUCUCCUGUUGCCAAGUCCCCUUAGGAGCCAGUUCCCAUCAGCGGGACGUGUGUCUGAGAAGCUGUUCCAUCCUGACUGAGCAGUCCUCACGCGUGCCUACUUACUGUAUUGCCUGACUCGUUAAAGCUCAGCAUGCAUCUCCCCCACAUAACCUGGGGAGGGGCUUUUUCCAGUUCCCAUUUGGCAAGGACUGUUAGGUUGUGUGGGCUCUCCAGUCAAACUGAAGAUACACACUAGAAGAAUAAUAAUUUAGCCAUGGUUACUUAAUAGAGAGCAACUUUAUCCAUGAAAUUGUGUUUGUGAGCAGUUGUCUCCACACCCAGUUCCUAUUUAAACAUAAUUAAGCAUCUAGAAGAUAAGGAGUUGGGGGGGGGGUGGGCAGGAAUCUCCAUGAAGGGUUGAAAUCACACCUUGAAAAGAAACCCCUUAAUUCUGCUCUAUUGACUUUCUAACUGGUCAUCAUUGCUCCUAUAUCCUCAGAGAGGAGGCAAAGGAGGGGUAGGGGGGUGUGUGUGUGUGUGUGUGUGUGUGUGUCCUCAGAGAGGAGGCAAAGGAAGGGUACGGGUGUGUGUGUGUCUGUGUGUCUUCAGAGAGGAGGCAAAGGAGGGGUAGGGAUGUGUGUGUGUGUGUGUCCUCAGGAGGCAAAGGAAGGGUACGGGUGUGUGUGUGUCUGUGUGUCCUCAGAGAGGAGGCAAAGGAGGGUUAGGGUGUGUGUGUGUGUGUGUGUGUGUGUGUGUGUAUUUGUUUCUGCUGCCCCAGAAAGUUAUCUCAGAUACCUUUGGAAUCUGAGGGAAUACAGUGUUGCACACACAAUCCAAAACAAAACCCAGCAUUUGUUUACAGCUCUUCAAGUCAUCUUCCUUGUCCCCACACAUCAGUCUUGGUAUUAGCUAGGUGACACCUGCUUCAUGUUCCUUCGAUCUGGUUGCCACCAAACUCCAACAGCACCAUUGCCAAGUAUCAUCAGGGGCUGGUCAAGAAACUUGAGCCUGGUCAAGCUGGACAGUGUGGACAGAAAGCUGACAUAACCAAGGUGGUUGUCUCCUCAGGACCACUUGGAAGCCACAUGCAGCGUGGCACACCAGGUGGGUGAGCCGAGGCGAGUGUUUCCAUGGUGCAUCGGACAGAGUCUCAGCUGGAUGAGACGUCACCGUCGCUCUGUCUCAAUACUCUCUGCGCCAAUUUUGUCUUAAGAUCAACAGAGAAAAAUGAGACAAAACUUAUUUUUAAACACACCUCAGGAGCACCUAAAAUGAAUAUUUAUCAGUAUUUAAAUAUUUAAGAUAAAUUUGAAGCUAUACUUGAAGCUUUAACCCCUUCCAUUCCUGCAAGAGUGCCUUCAAGAUUCCCGGCAUUGCAUUGACUUUGAAAUUCACCUCAUUGACUCUGUAGCAAGAUUUUGAGUAUGUUCCCACCCUUCCGUGGACAGGACUGAAAAUUCUUUCGUCUCACUUGAUAUAUACAGCGUGGGUUUCGGGAAGAGGGAUGAGGGUGGGAAGGUUUGGUUGCACAUCUCCAUUGUUCUUCCAAAUAGGGGUAGUGGGAGUUUUGCCUCUUUGGGAAGAGCAUAGAAUAUGUCUACACAGAAACAAGAUUCCCCUUUCUCCUCCCCCCCUUUUUUUCUUUUAAGGCAAAGCUAGAGUUAACCAUUCUCCCCGGCUUCUGUUUGCAUAACUUCAUUUUUGGAUUCUUAAGGUUUACAACAAAAGAUGAACGUAUCAAAAGUAAUCUAAGAAUGGCAUUGAGACCUUUACAUUCUGUUUGAUUAACUGGAAGGGUCAGUGACCUUUGACUACAAAAAGCUUAUAGUAAGUGGAGAAUGAAUACCUUCCCCUUACCUGUCUCUCUCAGUCUCUUUCUGCUUUGCUUCUUCCCUUCCCCCUCCAAGUGACAUUCCUUCUGUCCUCGUUCCCGUGGUGAUCCAGGCAUGGUGAUAUACGCUGCUUUGCAUCAUGUGUGGUCUCUUACCAGCUCAUAAGUCAGCUGAAACGGUCACAACAACCCCCAGCCCAAAUCAGCAGAAGCCAGGACUUCUUUCUCCCAUCUCCUGCUCUGCACCUUCCCUGACUCCUUCCCACCAUGUGUUGCAGAAGGCAUGUUCUGCAGGGUUACCAGUAAAUGACUCCCACAGUGGUUCAUUGUAAAAGGGGAGAGGAGCGUUAGUGGUGACUCCUCUGCACUCCACCCUUGCACUCCACUCUUGCCAGCCAGGGUUCCUGGCAGUGCAUACAGCCUGAGCUCUGCUAGAGCUUAGGGCACCACAUGAUUUACCCUGGAAUAGUCAUUUUAGGCACACAAGUGUAGGAAUGAUUUCAUUGGUAUUUAAAUCCAUGUCAAUUUCAUUUUUUGUUUGUUUCCCGCUGAUGAAUUUUUAGCAGUUUAACAAAUAAAAAGGAACUAUGGAGAGAAUA